GUAGUGGCAAAUCAGCCCCUCUCUUAACCCUUCCGUUAACAUUUAACAGUUUGCUCAUCAGUCCUUCCUCUGUGUCUGACAUGGCCUUCUUUUUGCUGAGAUGGAUGCUGAGAUGGAGGCAUGGCUGGACAAAUACCUCAAAAUCAGGAUCAGCUUCUAUCAUCUUUGUCUUCUUCCCUUCUUCGUCUUUGUUUAGCAAGAUCUGCAAUUCAUAGAGCAUGGGGUUUUUCGUCAAGCUUUGAAUCGUCUGUCAAAUUACCAUAUUUUGAGGAUAUCUAGGCUUUUAUUUUGUUUGGCAGCUUCUAUCAUCUUCUUCCCCUCUUCGUCUUUUAAAAAUUGAACCUUUUUUUAGCAAGAUUGUCGGCGGCCUCGAUGCGAUUUUUCAGUAGACUCAUUUCAACGGUGGCAAUGAACGCCCAGACCCAUG